UCAAAAAGUUUGAUAAAAUACCAGUAAUUUGAAUGGUAGAGAAUUAGUUAAUUUAAAGUAUAUUAAAAUUCAAUGUGAUUUUAUCUUUUAAAUCCCACCUUUCAUCUUUACAAAUAUUUUCAUAUGAUAUAAUCUAAAGAAUGCAUGAACAGAUUUGAAUCAGCAAGUUUGGUCUAUAUUUUCAUAGCUUAACCAUGUCAAAGAAAUUGUCCAGAAAAAAUAUCAAACAACAAUGAACCAUUGUUUUUUCACCAACUAGAGCAUAAAACUAUAUCAUUGUUGUAAUCUUAAAAAUGCAAACUGAGCAAGAGUAUUCAUGAAAAAAGUUUAAACGCAGAAUGUCAAAAAAGAUGGAAUAUAAUAUUACUGUAUCAUGAUAAAAAGGGAAAGUCUUAAAUUAUAUAUUAGCCAAUAAUUUAUAAUCCUAUAAAGACCAUUUGAUCAACUAACUUGGCACCCAUACUAUUUAUUUGAGGAAAUAUUUUGCAUAUGAAUAAAAUCUAGUAUUUCAAGCAAAAUCAAAAUAAUCAAACAUGUUAUGCAAUAUGCAUCAAGUUCUCCUGGGCUUAGAUUUUCAUCAGUUUUUAAAAUUGCUAAAAAAGAAUGCUUUUAUUUCAUAAUUUAAAAACACAAAUUUUAAAAAUGCAUUUUUUACUAUUUUCAAAAUUGUUCAAGUAAGAAACUGUUCUUUCUUCUCGCCCUCUCUCCAGCUGUUGAUAAGGUUUCUAUAGAAACUAUAUCAGAUCUUACAUCUGUUACAAGCUGAAAUAAAAGAAAUGUGUAUGGUUUCCAUGGCAGCUGGCAUGUGAUUGGUUAUGACCCUAUUUUCCCUAUUGAUCAGGAGUCUGCCUUUGACAGUGUCAGUACAAACCAGUGUCCAACUCAACUCCUGUGGGCCUAUUCUUUCGGCACACACACUCACACAUUGCCAAUUAUUGGCAGCUCAAUAUUUAGCCUCCACACAUAAUACACAAGUUUGUCAGAAUUCAUUAUUUGGAGGAGCAGGAAUGCAUUUCUUGAUGCAGCUAAUAGUAAACUGAUAAACAACACAGACAUUCAUUUCUUUCAGUGACAGUUUAAUAUCAAUCUUUAAAAAUAUACAUCAUGGAAAGAUAUCAUAACAUCUGCCGGAGAAAUGUAUAAGCUAUGAUUAAAUCUACAAGUGCAUGAAAUAAGGUUAUUUAAACAGGAAGCAGUCGGGUUGUUGAGGAAAUAAAGAGUAGGUUUCCAGGAUGUUUUCACUCAAGGUAAAGUAACACUGCGAAUGUGUGUUUCUCUAUGUCAGACUAGCAGUUAAGGUUUGUUCAAGUUUUAUCAUCAAUAUGCAAUGUAUAUAUACAUGUAUGUGACUUUAUCAGAUAGACAGAAUAUAUCCUCCCAGUUAUUUAGGUAUCUCUCUCUCUCUCCCUCUGCUGAUAAGUAUGUCAACCAUGCAGGUGUCAGUUUAGUGAAAGAGGGGACACAGAGUCCAGGCGUGGGAUUUAAAGCGCACCUUGUGUUAAAUGAGGGAAAUAAUUUUUCUCUAAAAAUAGCAAAAAACUAAUGCAAUAGUCAAGGCAGAAACAUGGUUCCUGGAAGUCGAUUUGAAGAGAGUGAUGCCUCCAUGCGAGAGCGACUAGUUAACAGUUUGAGCCAAAGUUUUCCUGGGAGCGCCCUGUCCCGAGCCCUUCAGUGUAUGCAGCCAGAAUCAGACAGUGAGGAUGACGACCUUAAGGGUGACUUCCUCAGUAGCAGCUGUUUCGCAGAACUCCGUUUGGAGAAAGGACCCAUCGACAGCGAUGACGACCUCAAGCCCCUGUCCUGGCUACAAGACAGCAACCUGCUGAAGAACAUCGCCUGUGCUGAUGAGGACAGUGAGGAUGAUCAGAAGGAGAAUGGUGACAUGUUAAGUGGGAACCACAUCAACCAGUCCCAUCCCCCUCACGUUCCGUACAACCCGCAGAAACACAUCAACAGCAAGCCUCCCUACUCCUUCUCUUGCCUCAUCUUCAUGGCCAUCGAGGACUCGCCUCAUAAGAGACUGCCAGUGAAGGACAUCUACUCGUGGAUCCUGAAUCACUUCCCCUAUUUUCAACAUGCUCCUACAGGGUGGAAGAAUUCCGUACGCCAUAACCUGUCUCUCAACAAAUGCUUCAAGAAAGUGGACAAGGAAAGAGGCCAGUCUAUUGGUAAGGGAUCCUUGUGGUGUAUUGACCCCGACUAUCGACCCAACCUGCUACAGGCCCUGAGGAAGACACCCUACCACCCCUACCACCAACUACAGAUGCUGGCCAACCCUCAGCCCCAGCCCCAGUACACCUACAUCCACGAUGGCAAGCAGAUAACAGGGCCAUUGCCCCUCUCUCCUAGGAUGGGGCCAAACACCGUGUCACCUCAUUUGUUUCCUUUCCUGAGUAAAAGAUUGGCUCAGUCCAAUAACAAUGAUAUAGAUUCUGACAUUCAGGAUGUUGCACAGACUCUAGUUUCACUGAAAGGGCUCAGUACAAAAGAUAAUAACAACUCCAUGCUACAGAGAAUACGUAUGAAAAGGAAACAGAGGCAACUUGGAUCAGGGUCAUUAAAGCGCCGUCACUUAGAAGACGUAGUUUUUACCACCAACCCCAGUGAAGAUCACACGUAUAGUGCCACAUCUCACAAAGAUCCAGGAUCCCCCGACUCGUCAGUGGACGAAGGAUUCGAGUAUGGAGAUGAAGAUGAGUACGACAUGGAAGAGGAAUUCUCCGACGAUGACGUGAGUUACGACGAGUGGGACAGUGAAAUGGAUGAGGUGGACGGUGACGUCAGACGGAAUCAUAGCAACGCCAAACACCGCAGAAUGACUGUAAAACUGCCCGCCAGGAAAACUGUUUCCAAAGAAGAUGAGGAGGAGCAGAAAAAGAUCGAAGAGGGAGCCGACGCUCUGUUGAAUUUGGCAGGAAUUCGUACCACACGCUCCUCAAACAGUGUAAAUGACUCUGGUGCUUCUUCUGGAGGUUCUACCCCCAGGAAAAGGAGAACUCCUACCGCCAAACGUGGUCACAUUAAAUGAUGCAUAGACAGCUCGUAGACAUCUUGCCAUUCUGAGAUUUGCAUUGAGGACCAGGGACACAUUUUUUUGUUACACUAUUCCAGAAGUCUUCCAUAUGUGUGACUGUUUUUGUAUUUUGGCAGAAAUCAUAUCUCACCCACUUGUUAGCUUGAUCAUUUGUUUAAUUUUUUCCCCUGUUAUCAGUAAUUUGGUGCUUCUUACAUUUGUUAUGUAAACAAUUUUAGUGUAUACUGCCAAGUCUGCGUUCCUUUGUAUUUAAAGAGAAAAGAAAAAAAUUUUCCACAAUUAGUUUUUACACAAAAAAAUUAGUUUUGACACAAAAAAGAAUUUGGAAAAACGAAAUAUUUAGUGUUCAAAAAUUUGGCAAAGGAAGUGUUCAGUGUUCAAAAAUUCAUUGUUGAACAAUGAGGAGGCUUUUUUUUUUUAAAGUUAUGUCAGCAAUUAAGGUUUGUUAUGAAUUUUUUCUUCUGUAUUAAAUUGUGCCAUUGGUUAGUGUAGUAUUCAUAUCUACCAAAGAUUCCAGCUGCUCAUCAAAUUUUUUUUUUUUUUUACAUAUAUGGGUGCAAUCAAAUUCCACAGGUGUUCCAGAAAAUUUAAACAUUUUCUAUCAUGACAACAAUAAAUGAUCAUCAAAACAUUAUCUACUAAGUUUCCUUAAAAAGAAAAAAAUAGGGCAAACUUAUCCAUAAAAUUAACAGAAAUGCAAUAUUUCAUUUUUUCACACCUUCCUCCAAUGAACAUGACAUAACAAAUAGGACUCGAGAGGUACCUGUGUUGAUAUUAAAAGUUUUAAAUACUAUUUACAUCAUAUUAUGAAGAUAUACUUGGCAAUCAAAGUAUAAAUAACAAGUGAGGUAAGGGGCUCGGAGCUUUUCUCUCUGGUCUCCGAAACAUUUCUCAUGGUAUAGCUACAGGCUUGUACAGUUGUUGACUUGUUAUACAUGUGUAUAUAUUUUGUUCUGUAAUACUCUCUUGUUAGUGCUUUACAAUUGUUAGAAGACGGACAUUUGUUAAGGGGCCACUUUUUUUUAAAAUAUAGGGCCUUUCCUAAUUGUAUUGUUAAGUAGAAUUUAUGUUUCAAGGAAUUUUGAUGAGAAAAAGUAACUUUAGAAAAAGUGUGACAAAAAAUCAAUCAAAACUGUUUCCAAACCUGAUUGAAGAAUGUUUCAUUGUGGAAAUUGCAUUUUAAAAAUUAAUUUAUCAAAUCAGAAAUCAUGAAUCUCGUGAAUUUCUUGGAAUUUUUUUUGUAAACUGAUUUUUUGUAAUCAAAUAAUGAAGGAAAUUAUUUAUUUUCUUGUUACCAGAUAUUUUGGUCAUUUUAAAAUGGGGGAAGGGGGAAAUUUAACAGAGAUUUAUUUCUACUUAGACAAUUAUGUCGAUCAAAAAUAUAUUGUGUAUGAUCUUGAUUCAAUCCUAUGUGAUAGGUCUUGUUGUAUUUUGGCACUCUUAUAUAUAAUUACCUAUACCUUUUUAUUAAGGUUGAUCAUUUUAUUCUUGUUAUCAGCAUUUGCACUCGUCUUUUACAUAUUCAUCAAAUGUCAUUCAUUAACUUACUGUUGAGAGGGUUUCUUUUUUUGUAUUCCAUUAUGCUCAAAUCUUCCAUUGUUUAUGUAUAAAGAUGGGCAGGUACAAUGUACGUCUGCUGAUGGUGUUCAGAAGGUUUGCUAGUCAUCAUUUUAUUUGGGUUUCGUUUUAAGUUGUCAAAAAUUGUCUGUUUUUUUUUAGUGGACAGUUACUGUUCAUUUUAACAUGUCAAAAUUUUUGUGUUUUUAUUAAGUUUAAAAACUUAAAAAAACAUUUGAAAAAUCAUGAAACUUAAACAAAACAAAAAUCUGUUCUGAAUAUCAUAACUGAGCAGUUGAGCAGUUUUAGUUUUUGUAGAUUUUAAGUUACGGGUUUGAAUUUAAGUAUAAAAUUUCAUACUAAGGACAUGGAUGAAAAUGUAGCAAGAUAUCUAGAGCAAGCUGCUGUCACCUGUAGUUUCUUGUGUUCAUUAGUGGAGGUGCUGGAGUUUAGUAUAAAGUAUGGGUGAUGCCAAAGUUUUUUCUACUACGAAUAGGUCAACUGCUGUCUAUGCAAACCUGUACUGAAAAACAAUAGUGCAAUAGACAUUACACAGUUAUUCAGAAAAUCAUGUAUCAAAUGUAAAUUGUGCUAACCUUGCUGGCUCAUUUGAUCUGGUCAAAUGCCAAUUUGCAAGAAAGUCAUAUUAUUAGGAAAUGUAACAAUUGAGGUAAAAUUCUUUUCAAAGAUCAGCCUUCAAUUUUGAAAUUCUUUAAGAUUUUCUGUUUUGACAGCAAAUUACCACUUAAAUGAGCCAUAGGUUUCCACACAUAAAACUUACAUGUUCUCUAAAAAAAAUCUUAUGUGUUCAGUUAAAAAAAUAUUUGAGAAUAGCAAUUUUUUUUCUUUUUUAUUAAUGCUUUUUGUUUCAUUAUGUUUAUGACGCAAUUGUAUUCUUGACUCAUUAAUCAAAUGUAUGAGGUUUUGGCGAGAACUUUUUUGUUAUUCCUAUGUUCAAUGAUAAACUUAGCAAAUGCCUGAUUUGGUGUUCAGAAAAAGGUUACUGUAUGUGCAAUGGAAAUCAGGCUAUUUUGCUGGACAAUGCAGUUUUGUUUAUUAUUGUACACAUGUAAAGUUUCUUAAUAAAGAGAAAAACCUGAAAGUUCAA